AACCUGUAAGGAGAGAAGUUCAUGGGCGGAAUGUAAGAUCUGGAAGUGAACACAGUAUCAGUAGUGCUGCUGGUGUGGCUCCACCUCAGAGAAGAUCAUCACAACAACCUCCCCAACGAUCUUCUAGUACUGGUAGCAGUACUAACAUGGCAUUCACAAAUUUAGAAUAUGUGCUUCAGAGUGCGAGUGAAGUUUUAACAGCACCAACUCAGCCAACUACAGAACAGUCUGACAUACCUCCACCAUUACCACCUAAGCAAAAACAUCAAAGCCAUCGACCUUUAGAACGUACCAAAGCUUUUCAUAUAGAAGCAAAUAAUCAACCACCUCCACCAAAACCACGACACUUAAAACCAGAAGAUAGUUUCAUGUUAGAAAUAGUUGAUACCGAUGAACAAAAUGGUCAGCUUGUUCAAGAAGAUAAUGUAAUACCUUCAGGAGUGGAUUCUGAUGAUAGUUUAUCUACUUCAACAUCAGCACUAUCAGUUGCAGAUUCAAGCCCUCCUCCUGCAUUACCACAGAGAACAUCAAGUGGAAUACAGAGACCAGCUGUAUUACAAAUGCCUCAACAAAUGUGUUUAAAUCAGUCUGUAGGUCCACUAAUUUCAGAACAAGUAAGAAAUGAAGAACCAUUAAUAAAUGAACCUGAUGAUGAUAGUGCCCUUCAAAAUAGGACAGCUCCACUUGCAACACCUGAGCAUGAUUCCAUCCAGGAAGGAGUGCCUUCUUUGGAAAAUUUAAGUGAAGUAGUUGUUUUAGAAGGUGAUGAUGAUAGGUUAUUGUUUUGUCCUGAAAUAUCAAUACCAGAAUAUGAUAUAGAUAGGCAUGAAUCAACAAAUGCAGAAAUAGAAGUUUUUUCAUCUGAUGAGCAUGAUAUUAAUCAUGAUUUGGCACUUCAUGAUCUUUCAAAUUCUUUACCCAUAUCAGAAUGUGAUGAAAUGAUGCUGGAUAGUUGCAUUGAAAUACCUAGUAGUUAUAAUGUUUGUGUUCCAGGUGCAGAUCCCUCACCUUCAACUAGUCCUUCUUCUCAAACACUAAGUGCAAGUGAAAAUGAAGAAUUAGUAACGGCUGAAGAACCUCCACCUAGGAUACUAUCUGGAAUAUCUGACUCAGAAAGCUUAACUUCUGCUGGCGGAGAAAAUGAUAGUCCAAGUGAUCAAAGUCUCUUAUCAACACCAGAUAGUUCCCAACCUCCAGUUUCACCUGGUUUAACUGUUAGUCCAAUUCCAGAAGAUGGCCCGUUUAGCCCAACAGAAGAUAAUCUUUCUAUAACUGGUAUUUCUCCUCCAGCAGCUACUAGUCCAAUUCAAGAUGAAGGAGAAAUUGCACCUUCUCAUCCUUGUCCUCCCACACCCUCUCAGUUAGCAAGUCCUCAAACUCAGCUUCAUAAUGAAAUGGCAUCAAAUGUCAACCAAACUGCCAGUAUCUCAACUAACACUGUGAUACCAACUAUCAAUACACCCAGUGCUGAAACACCAUCAACCACUACCUCCUUACAUUUCCCUACCACUCGGCUGCCUUCUAUUCCUGAAAGAACCAUUAGGUAUCAGAGAGUAGAAUUAGAAGAACCACUGCCUCCAUAUUGGGAAGCAAGAAUAGACAGCCAUGGACGAAUAUUUUAUAUAGAUCAUGUGAAUCGUACAACAACGUGGACUCGUCCUACAGCUUCCCAACAACAGAAUUUAGGUACAACAAAUGAAUUACAGCGACAACAAUUGGACCGCAGGUAUCAGAGCAUACGUCGAACCAUUACUUCACGAACUCAUGAGGAUGCAGCCUCAGCUACUGCCUCUGGUUCCACACCAGUGCCUUCUUCAUCAAGUCCUGAAAAUCAGAGAGUAUUAUUAUUAUGCUCUCCAGCUGUCCGUUUUAUCACUCGUCCAGACUUUUUCAGUGUGUUGCAUAUGAAUGAUGAAGCCAUCACCAUGUAUAAUAGAAGUUCAUCAUUAAAACAUAUGACCACAAAAAUUAGAAGGGAUCCAUCAACAUUUGAAAGAUAUCAACACAACCGAGAUCUAGUAUGUCUUUUGAAUAAAUUUGCUGAUACUGUUAGAGAUUUACCAAGAGGUUGGGAAACAAAAUUGGAUAGAUCUGGAAAGCAAUUUUUUAUUGAUCAUACUUCAAGAAGUACAACUUUCAUUGAUCCCAGACUGCCAAUAGACACACCAUAUGUUAAUCCCAACAAACUUGCAGCACCUAUUGCUAGAAGAAGAAGUCAUAGUGCAGGUGAAGAAGAAAUAAGACCAGAAAGUGCUAGUAGUAGAGCUACAACACAAGGACCAGUUCCACCACCAAGACCACCAUCAAGCACAACUUCGACGGCUCCACAUGUUGUACCAAAUGUGCCAACUGCCUAUAAUGAUAAAGUAGUAGCAUUUUUACGGCAACCCAAUAUAAUGGAUAUUUUAAAAGAACGGCAUCCUCCAAUAUCUUCAAAUCAGGCACUCAGGGAUAAGGUGAAUGCAAUUCGGGCUGAUGGAACUAUGGCACUAGACCGACUUAGUCAUGACAUCGAUUUAACUAUUCUUUUGAGUUUAUUUGAACAAGACAUAAUGUCAUAUAUCCCAGCCCAAUGUAGUAACAAUGUUUCAACCUCUGCUAAUGCUAAUGCUACUAGUUCUACUAAUGCUACUGCCAAUGGUGGUUCAAGACGUUCACCACAUAGUUCACCACAGCAAUCACCACAAGCUUCUCCAGGUUUACAAAGAGCUAAUGUAAGAGCUCCAGCUCCUUACAGAAGAGAUUUUGAAGCCAAAUUAAGAAAUUUUUACAGAAAAUUAGAAUCAAAAGGAUAUGGACAAGGGCCUGGAAAAUUAAAAUUAAAUAUAAGAAGAGAUCAUUUAUUGGAAGAUGCAUUUACUAAAAUUAUGGCAGCUUCUAAGAAAGAUCUACAGAAAUCACGUUUGUACAUAAGCUUUUCUGGAGAAGAAGGAUUAGACUAUGGGGGUCCAUCCAGAGAAUUUUUCUUCCUAUUAUCACGAGGAUUAUUCAAUCCAUAUUAUGGAUUGUUUGAAUAUUCUGCAAAUGAUACAUACACAGUACAAGUUAGUCCAAUGUCAGCAUUUGUUGACAACCAACAUGAAUGGUUUAGAUUUAGUGGACGAGUUUUAGGACUGGCAUUAGUACAUCAAUAUUUGUUAGAUGCAUUUUUUACUCGUCCAUUUUAUAAGGCUCUUUUACGAUUGCCCUGUUCAUUAAGUGACCUUGAAUAUUUGGAUGCAGAAUUUCACCAGUCCCUUCUUUGGUUAAAAGAUAAUGAUAUUUCUGACAUGGGAUUAGAUUUAACGUUUUCAGUUACAGAAGAUGUAGCUGGACAGGUAGUAGAGAAGGAAUUGAAACCUGGUGGACGCAAUCUCAAUGUUAGUGAAAGAAAUAAAAAAGAAUAUAUUGAAAAAAUGGUAAAAUGGCGAUUAGAAAGAGGUGUGGCUGAACAAACUGAAUCAUUAGUUAAAGGAUUUUAUGAGGUUAUUGAUCCAAGAUUAGUUUCAGUAUUUGAUGCUCGUGAAUUGGAGUUAGUAAUUGCUGGAACGGCUGAAAUAGAUAUUGCUGAUUGGAGGAAAAACAGCGAGUAUCGUUCUGGUUAUCAUGACAAUCAUCCAGUAAUACAGUGGUUUUGGACAGCCAUAGAAAGAUUUGAUAAUGAACGUAGACUUCGAUUAUUGCAAUUUGUAACAGGCACAUCCAGUAUACCAUACGAAGGUUUUGCAGCAUUAAGGGGUAGUAACGGACCACGUAAAUUCUGCAUUGAGAAAUGGGGAAAUCCAAGCAGCCUGCCUCGUGCUCACACUUGUUUCAACCGAUUGGACUUGCCCCCAUAUACCUCAUUUGAAAUGCUCUAUGAAAAACUUCUGUUGGCAGUUGAAGAAUCGAGUACUUUUGGAAUAGAAUGAAAAACUAUUUAUGAAUUAUUGAAUCUACUAGCAGAAAAAUCAAGACAUAAUGUUUUGGUUGAUACUGAGAGAAGUGCUCCUAACAAUUUCAUAAUUUUGUCAUUAUUAUUAUUUUCAGAGGAAGCCUUCAGUUAUUGCCUUUGUCCUCACCCAUUUUUGCUUGUUGAAAACAUCAGUGAAAACAGUAUUGCCAAUCAUUAUCUAAAACUAUAAUCAUCAUGAUCCCACUGGAUGUACUCAGGACAAUUUUACAAUGGAUUAAUCAUCACACAUAGUAUAGAAGAAAAGUUCCUUGGAGCACAUCCAAUAUAGUUAAAAAAAAUGACAAUCUCUGCUUUUUCCACAGAUAGCAUCUAAAUUGUGUCUGAUAAAAUAAACAUAAUAAAUUGCUUUAUUAAAUAUGUGCAACAUUAAGUCUCCUUAGCUCACUAUAUUUAUGCAAGGACUGGGGCUUCAAGCCUAGUUAAAAACCAAAGGCCUUGAAAACAACCAUUGAUUUGGUUGUAACAUCAAUUAUAAUUUCUUUGCCUGCAGAAAUGUAUAGAGUACCCAUAAACGGGAAUACAUCCUGCUAAAUUGCAUUAGGAAGCCAGUGACAACUUAAACCAUGCUCAAACACAAGAGCUAAUAUUGGUUAUGAUGUAAAUAAGAACUGGCUUGCAUAUGGCAACUUAAAAAAACUCUACCCUUUCCUAUAUAGUUACUUGAUUUAACUCCAAGAUUAUAGUGAUGAACCAAAGGAUGACAUCAAGUAUUGAAUGUCUUAAAAUAUCUUUUGUUUUUUUCCUUCCAGUGUGUAAAUAAAUAGUGCAGUAAGAGAACUUGCUUGCUAAUAAAGUUUUUAUCUUCCAGACUGCUCUGAGUGGCAGUUAAUUAGUAAGAACGGGAUCAGUUCCUGGUAAAUAUAUCCUAUCUAAUACACCAAGAAGCAUUAGCAACCAGUUGCCAGUGGUUUAAAUAUAUAUAUUACAUACAUACAUAUAAACAUAUAUAUGUAUGUAUAUAUGUAUGCAUGUAUAUAUAUAUAUGUGUACAUCAUUUCAAUAAAUCUUUUUCUGAAAUUAGGUUUGUAUAAUACUUUGCCAUAUAAUAAUUUUAUAACUAUUGUGCCAUUUGUGACUGCAAGCCAUUUUUUUGUGGCUUUGCCUAUUAACAGAAUGAUAAUAGAACCAUAGAUGUCAGGAAUAACUGCUGCAUAGUAGUUAGUUAUCACAUAAUUUCUAUGCCACAAAUAGGUAUUGACUGUGAUUUUUAUAUGGCCAUUACUGUUAUGAUUUUUAUUCUUAUAUUCUACCAGUGAAUUUUGUUUUUCAGAAGAAAAGAUUUUCUUAUUUAUAAAACAAAUCAAGAAUGUCUGCUUUGGUUAUUGUUCAUAAUUAGGUUGGCCAAAGCAAUAAAAGUGAUAAAAUGUUUGCUGAAUAUUCAAUACUUGAAUUUUUGUGGGUUUUAUUAUUAUUAUUUUCAUAGCAUCUUAUAUAUUUCUGUGAUUUAUCAGAUAUGGUGUAAUUCAUUUUCUAUGCUACAUAUUGUGCAUUUUAACAAUUAAAUAGAAACCAGGAGAGGAUGCUCUUCUGAUCUUGUUUAUCAAGAUGUUGUAAAUGUAAUUGUGAUGUUACAAAAAUUUUUAUUAUAUUUUAUCUGCUGCAA